AUGGCAGAAGAGGACGCGCGGCCGCAGACCAUCCAGGAGCGCAUCGCGGCGCUCAACCAGUCGCACGUCGGACGACCACCGGACAGCACUCCUCCCAUCCGACCUCCUGUUGCUCCCAGGGCGAAGACUGUUAAUAACCCGCCACACGAGGUGAAUGGCUCGGUCGUUGACAACAAACCCGUCGGAAACAAACCGGCUCCCAUUCGCCAGAAUGGACUUCUCCCACCGCCGGUUCCCAAGCAACCACCAGGCCUGGCGACGCAGAGGAAUGGCAGUCCAAGGGUAAACGGCAGCAAGCCUCCUCCGCCGCCUCUCCCAGUGCGUGCCCCGGCGCUGCCACCACGUCGACCUUCGGGACUAUCAGAAAGACGACCGUCGACUGAAUCCAUGGCGUCGACGACCUCUUAUGGCACGGCGUCCACUUCGGGCACUGUGAAUACGACAGAUAGUAGAAACCGGGUGCGAGCUCCAGCGUGGGGAGAGACUGAGCUACCUCCGCUUCCCGUUCGUAACAAGAGUGAAUCCCUCGUCCCUCAACAGCCCCAGCGCCCAAAAGCGUCGUCGGGAAAGUUUGACCUAGGCGAAGCUCGAAGUAGAGUGAAGUCCUUUGUGAAAUCCCCGCAUUUUCCUUCACGGACUUCUUCACAGACCCCUUCACAAACCCCCUCACAGACCUCUUCGCAAACCCCUUCGCAUGAUUCAAGCGAUAAUUACUCGGCGAGGCCUCGACUGCCUACCCGGCCCAGCGUGCAAUCGGACAGGUCAGAGCAAGUCGCUAGUGAUGAAGAGCCAGCUAGGCCGUCACUACCACGGAGGAUACCCCCUCCUCCCUCUUCGGAAUCUCUCAAUAAGAUCAAGCAGUCAUCUUUUUCCACGCUCAGCAAGCAUGUCGAAGAAGAAGAGGAGCCAGCUGCCAAUGCACCACCGCCUAUUCCCAUGACAUCACGUCCAGAUCUGUCGGCGCUCCAGGCGACAAAACCCAAACUCGGUGCCAACAAACAGUUUUCCUCGCCAGCUCCGGCUGCCUCUACGGUCUGCAUGAUCUGUCGAGACUUUUCCGGUCCAGACAACCAUGCGGCCCAGUUUCCUCGGCAGUCGCUUCCUACCCAAGAUUUGGCAUGGCUUGGUCGUGAAUUGACAGCGCCUUUUCCGUCGGCGACGGACAAGGCCAGAGCUAUAUUUACUUGGCUUCACUACAAUAUCAAGUACGAUGUUGACGCUUUUUUCAACAACCGCGUGCAGCCGACUACCCCGUCCAAAACAUUGGCCACAGGUCUGGCGGUUUGCGAGGGUUAUGCCGGCCUCUUUUCCGUCUUGGCAACUCACGCUGGCCUAGAAGCACUAGUCAUUGGUGGUGAUGGCAAAGGUUUCGGACACACUCAGCUCACUCCAGGCUCGCCUCUCCCGCCUUUCUCGUCAAGCCAUGCAUGGAAUGUGGUUAAGAUCGACGGCGGAAAAUGGAAGCUGAUCGAUCCAUGCUGGGGCGCAGGAGCUGUGCAAGGCAAAGGACAGCCAUACAUCCAAAGAUUCGACCCGACUCAUUUUACCAAAUCCAACGACGAGUUUGGCCUAUCACACUACCCGGCGGAGAAAGAUCAAUUCUACACUGACGAUGGCCGUCCUGGUAUGAGCUGGGAGGCUUACCUUCUUCAAGACCACAGCAAACCCUUUGGUCUCGUACAGCCAACUAUUUUCACCACUGCGCACGAGGAAGGAUUCAGUGAUCGCUCGUUUCUACCAGCCUGCGAGACCAUCUCUGUUCACCUGCAGGGCCCGCUUCGGUUCCAGUUUAAUCUCAAGUGCGAGCACUGGACAAUCACCAAGCACAGCAAGAAGAGCGCUCCAUAUCUAUUUCUACUACAUACGCACGGCGUGGACGGGCGCAAAGACGAAAUGGUCCCUUUUACAUAUGUCCGCGGCACCGGACCGCAGGGCGGUGGUGAUGUUUGGUAUGUCGACAUUGAAGACCCAAGGAUUCUGGGCGCGCCAGGCCAAAAGCUGUCAAUUGCAAAUAUCACUAGCUUUGGCUCGCAAAAGGAGACUCGGGGCUUGUCUGCACAGGAAUACAAGGCCCAGGCAGGACGCAUCAGUAUGGGAUGGUCGUAUAUUGCGCAGUGGGAGCUGGUUGCAUGA